CCCGGGGUGUUAGGAAUGGCUCCUAAAAGAGAACCCUCCAUUAAGAAGUCUCCCUCACCGGUGACCCAACCCAGACUGGGUCCACCUUACCCCUGCCUGCCUGCGGCUCCUGCGGCACCAAAGCCGGCUCCAGAGCAGAAACCUCGGAUGCUGCGUCCCUCGGAUUCACCAUUUGACCCCAGUACUUUGGAGAUUGAAUUUAACCUGGAUCAGAUUCAUGAGUUUAAGGAGGCAUUCCUGCUGUUCGACAGGACAGGAGAUGGGAAGAUCAGCUACAGCCAGUGUGGGGAUGUCAUGCGGGCCCUGGGACAGAACCCUGUCAAUGCCGAGGUGCUCAAGGUCCUGGGUAACCCCAAGGCUGAGGAGAUGAACACCAAGAUGCUAGACUUUGAGCAGUUCCUGCCCAUGUUCCAGGCCAUCGCUAAGAAUAAAGAUCAGGGCUCCAUGGAGGAUUUUGUGGAGGGACUGCGUGUCUUUGACAAGGAGGGCAAUGGCACAGUAAUGGGAGCAGAGCUACGUCACGUCCUCACCACGCUAGGUGAGAAAAUGACAGAGGAGGAAGUGGAGACACUCUUGGCAGGACAUGAAGAUGCAAAUGGCUGCAUCAAUUAUGAAGAACUGGUCAGGAUGGUGAUGAGCGGGUGAAGAACGAAGAGCAUCCUGCUUUUUUUUACCCUGUCACAUGUACCCUCUUUUUGCAGUUAGCUUCUACAGUCCUCUCCCCCUCAGCCAUUUCCAUAGAUUAGUUUUCCACAUUUAAUUUAAGAAGUGCCUUUACAUUCCCUACUUAAGACCACAAAUCAUCCUGGCUAUUGCUGCCAGGUCCAUUCACAUAAUUAUGUGAACAACUUGUAUGCAUUCAGGAGUCUCUGUGCUUGCAUUGUUUGCAAUAACAUUCCAAGAUGCAGCACUGAGAAGACAGAAAUUGAUAGUAAAAUACUGUAACUAUUGGCAUUAGUGUGUCAAUGCUGGAUGGGACAUUAAUAUAUAUAUAUACUUAAAACUGUCAGCAACAUACUGUAACAUUGGCUAAGAGUUGCUUUGGCUGAGGAACAUGGUUCUCUGAUCCUGCAGUAAACCACUAUAUUCAAGCCAUACUAUCAUGAGGUAGAAAGAAACAUUUCAGAUGGGUUCCCUGUGUUUUUAAUUCACCCAAAUUAUGUUGCUGCAAUUGAAUAAAUGUUUUUUUUCCUGAAAACCCA